AUGGAGACCCUCAGGACCUCUGGGGGGUCCUGUUCAACUCCACCUGAAGAGAGGAGAAGAAGAACAGAGGCAGCCCACUGGCAGCAGACUGGCAGCAGACUGACAGCGGACUGGCAGCCCACUGGCAGCAGACUGGCAGCCCACUGGCAGCAGACUGGUAGCAGACUGACAGCGGACUGGCAGCCCACUGGCAGCCCACUGGCAGCCCACUGGCAGCAGACUGGCAGCCCACUGGCAGCAGACUAA